UGUUUGUUAGUCUGUUUAGUACGUUACAGAAAUAUUAUCAAGAAACAUGCCCGCGAAUUCUGAAAUCCACUCGGAGCAGCCGGUGCAGGGAGAGUUAAAACAAGCGGAAAAGACUCAAGCGUCAGAAACAAAGAGCAGUUUUGGAAUGUUUUGUGAUGAACGGGGUUACCUGGAUCUCAUCCGAUACAUCCUGGAGCACAACCGCAGAAAGGACGAUAGGACGGGCACAGGGGUGAUCUCCAUGUUCGGGGUACAGGCGAGAUACAGCCUUAGAGAUCAGUUUCCACUUUUAACCACCAAGAAAGUGUUUUGGAAAGGCAUCCUUGAGGAACUGCUUUGGUUUAUUAAAGGAUCAACCAAUUCCAAAGAGCUCUCUGCAAAAGGGGUGAAGAUUUGGGAUGCCAAUGGGUCUCGUGAAUUCCUGGACAACAAUGGAUUUACUAAUCGAGAGGAGGGAGACCUUGGGCCUGUCUAUGGCUUUCAGUGGAGACACUUUGGGGCAGAGUACACAAAUAUGCAUGCAGAUUACACAGGACAAGGUGUAGACCAGCUACAGAAAGUAAUUGACACUAUUAAAACAAAUCCCAAAGACAGAAGGAUCAUUAUGUGUGCCUGGAACCCUAAAGAUUUGCCGCACAUGGCUCUGCCCCCAUGCCAUGCUCUUUGUCAGUUCUAUGUGUGUGAUGGUGAGCUGUCCUGCCAGCUUUAUCAGCGCUCUGGUGACAUGGGGCUGGGAGUACCUUUCAAUAUUGCCAGUUAUGCGCUUCUAACGUACAUGAUCGCCCACAUCACAGGACUAAAGCCUGGGGAUUUUGUCCACACCUUGGGUGACGCUCACAUCUACAUCAAUCACAUAGAGCCUCUUAAAAUACAGCUUGAGAGAGAAAUCCGCCCCUUUCCCAAACUCAAGAUCCUUCGAAAGGUGGAGAGUAUAGAUGACUUCCGCGCAGAAGACUUUGAAAUCUGUGACUACAACCCUCAUCCUGUCAUCAAAAUGAAAAUGGCUGUUUAA